GUAAAGGUGAAGGGGUAGUGGUGUGUUGUGUACAGAUAUCUGGGAGUUAAGUUUGGUCUUGGGUGUAUUGCACAGGGCUGUACUCUGCUGUAUGGCAGAGCCUGGGGAAAGCAGUCCUGGGAAUGCUGCUGCUUCCUCUUGUCCCUGCAAGGAGUGGGAGCCAGCUCUGGCUGUACCCCAAGAGGAGGAGCUGGUGUGUGACCAAGCUGGCUGUGGAGAGCGAUUUCAGCAUGGAGAUGUUCUGCAAAAGCACAAGCUGCAGCAUGGUGAUGCCUGGUGUUUGGAUGUGCGUUGUGAAUCAGUCUUGGUGACUGCUAACCAGCUACAAAAGCCCUGCAGGUCACAGCAUGGCAACAGGAAUUCAUUCCAGUGUAGCCACCAGGGUUGUGAGAGGGUCUUCAGGAAAAAAAAAGCUCUCAAGAUGCAUUGGACUGAACAUACCAAAGUGCUGCCAUUUGUGUGUCAAGAGCCAGGAUGUGGCAUGAAGUUUGUCAGUGCUGCCAGGAGGAAAGCUCACCAGAAGAGACAUGCUGGAUACCCAUGCCCCAAGGAGGAUUGCCAGAUUGUCCUGCCCACUUGGACAGAGUGUCAGAAACAUCUGAAGGAGCAUCCUGUGGAGUACAAGUGCCAGCUGUGUCUGAAGACCUUCAAGAAACCCAGUGGCCUGAGAAGACAUAAGCCCUCCCAUGCCAAGCAAAAGCCAAGACUGCUGUGUCCCAGGAUGGACUGCAGGGCUUGCUUUACCACGGUCUUCAACCUGGAGAGCCACAUCAAGAAAGUGCAUCUGCAGCUGCUGAAAUACCACUGCUACUUCACUGGCUGUGAGAAGGCCUUUGCCAUGCAGGAGAGUCUACAGCGGCAUCUGACAGUGCAUGAUGCCACAAAGAGAAAACGGAAGGUCAGGAACUACCGGCCACGGAGGAAGUGGCAGCAGCGCAUAGGCCGCCAAACGCAGAACUGUGUGCGGGUGGAGGACAACCUGAGAAGCCUCUUCAGCCACAAGCUCUUUGUGCGGCCCAAGCAGAGCUGGUGGCGGCGCCGGGGGCAUAGGACCAGCCCAGGUGGCUUCCAGUUCUUCCUACGCUUCAAGGCUAAAUUGGAAAGUGACCUCUCGGGGCUCUUCAAUGAACGUCACUACCGCCAUGAGGUGGAAGCAGAGGUGAACCUCAGCUCCUUCUUCCAGCUGCCCCUGGACAGCAAGGUGGAGGGGGUGGCCUAGAGCCUGUAUCUUCCAGGAUUGGGGAUGCCAUCCAUCUUCCCACCCUCAGGGCAAAAUGGGGGCUUGUUCUUUGGGCACCAGGAGCACAGGUUAUGUACAAAAGAGGUGAAAAGUCAUAGGACCUGGUGCUUGUGCUUGCAGGGUUGUAUCCUAUAGUACUUACUUUCUC